AUGGGAGUUCUGUCACAUCUUUUAUCGAUAUGCAUCGGCGCUUAUGGUGGAGCAUAUCUCGCUCAGAACUAUGAGAUUGGAAAAGUUCCAUCGAUGUCAGAGCUUGCGAAGAGAUUAGAAGGCUAUUUGCAACAGUACAAGAAGCCCGAACGAUGA